AUGUCUGGUUACAAUUCUCCUCACCAGAAACAAUCUGAUGGCGGCAACACCGAUCACGACUCUGCACACCGUCACGGCAAGCGAGUCUCCAUGGACGAAGCAUUUCAGAAGCUGCACACUUCCUCCAAGUGGGAGACAAAGGAGGAAAAGAGACUCAAGGAGGACGAGCACAAGCUGCGCUACUGGAGGCGAUGGGGACCCCAUCUGAGCGAGAGGCAAUGGUCAACGGUGAGGGAGGACUACAGUGCAGAUGGUGACCCAUGGAACCACUUUCCUCACGAGAUGGCUAGAAGCAGGACAUACCGAUGGGGAGAAGAUGGCAUUGGUGGUAUCAGUGACAACCACUGCCGCAUGGCCUUUAGCUUGGCUUUCUGGAAUGGCAAGGACAGGAUGCUCAAGGAGCGCCUCUUCGGUCUGGCCAACAACCAGGGCAAUCACGGAGAGGACGUCAAAGAGCUCUACUACUACCUUGACAACACGCCUUCUCACUCGUACAUGAAGAUGCUCUACAAGUACCCUCAGACUGCCUACCCUUAUGAGCAGCUCGUCCGCGAGUCUCAAAACCGUGGUCGAGAUGUUACCGAAUUUGAAAUUACCGACACCGAUCUCUUCGAUGAGAACAAGUACUGGGACAUCUUCAUCGAGUAUGCCAAGGACGACGAGGACGAGAAUGCCAUUUCCGUCCGCAUCAGUGCCUACAACAGAGGUCCCGAGCCCGCCGACCUUCACAUCAUCCCACAGCUCUUCUUCAAGAACUAUUGGUUCUGGCCAAAGGUGACUCCUGAAAAGCCUACUCUACGUCAAGUAGGUGAGGGGAUUGUCCAAGCCGACCAUGAAGAACUGGGUAGAAAGUACAUGUACUGCUCGCCAAGUCCCGCUCCCAGUGCUCCCGCUCCCAAGCGUGGUCAGCCCGUUCCGGAGCCCAUCUCACAGGACGAGGUUGUGCCCCAAUUGCUCUUCACCGAGAAUGAGACCAAUUUCGAGCGUCUUUACAACGGCAAGAACAUCAACAAGUAUGCCAAGGAUGCUUUCCACGACCACCUCAUCCCUAAUCAUCGUCUCGAGAAUGACCGCCCGCAGCUGGUCCGAAAGACGCGCCCAGUCAAGCGCCAGGUCGUCAAGACCGUGAAAAGGCCCGGCAAUCUCACAAAGACCUCCACGAGCGCCAAGGCAGGAUCAGCCCCCGAUAACCCGGCGGUGGUAGAGAUGGAGGACAGCGAGCACCAAUGGGUGGAAGAGGAGAUCGUUGAGGAGGUCGACGACAUAGAAGAGUACUUUGAACAGCCGACUAACACAGCACCGACCCGUGACUACGUCAACCCGGACAAGAUCGGUACCAAGGCAGGAGCCCACUACUUCUUUGAGCAGGUUCCAGCUUACGGCGGAUGCGCAGUCGUCAGGAUGAAGUUGACAUCAAAGACGCCAGAAGAAGAUCCUUCUAUUGAUGACGAUGAGCAGUUCGAUGACCUGGUAGAGGAGCGCCGAUCCGAGGCCGACGAGUUCUACGCUCGCGUGGCCAGUGGCUCUAUGUCGGACGACAUGAAGAACAUCAUGAGGCAAGCCCUGGCCGGAAUGCUGUGGAACAAGCAAUACUACUGCUUCAUCCUGUCCGAGUGGCUAGCCGGAGACCCGGGUCAACCACCUGUACCCUCCAACCGCAAGUGGAUUCGAAACACAGAUUGGAAGCACUUGCACAUGGAGGACAUCCUUUCGAUGCCCGACAAGUGGGAGUACCCCUUCCCCUGUGUUUGGGACACUGCUUUCCACUGCAUCCCGCUCGCCAUGGUCGAUCCCUGGUUUGCCAAGAAGCAGCUCGACCUCUUCACCCGAGAGUGGUAUAUGAAGCCCGACGGAUCGUUGCCAUCAUAUGAGUGGAACUUCGGAGAUGUCAAUCCUCCUGUGCACGCCUGGGCCGUGUUCCGAGUCUUCAAGAUCGAGAGGAAGAUGUACGGCCGUGAAGAUCUAGACUUCCUGGAGCGAGUCUUCCAGAAGCUGCUCUUGUGCUUCACGCAGUUUGUCAACAAGUUUGAGAAUGGUUUCCUCGGUCUGGACAACAUUGCACCCUUCAAUCGAUCCGAGUCUCUGCCGGUUCCAGGAACUCUUCGACAGAUCGAUGGACUGAGCUGGAUGGCCUUCUUCAGUCUGCAGAUGUUGAACAUGUCCCUGGAGCUUGCCAAGCACAACAAGAACUACGAGGCCAUGGCUAGCAAGUUCUUUGAACAUUUCAUCUGGCUCAGUGAAUCCAUCAACCCGAGCCCCGACAGCGAAGACGUCAGCUGCUGGGACGAUGAGGACGGCUUUUACUACGACACUCUGCAGCAUGGCAACCGCGAUGCUCAGAUCAUCAAGGUACGCUCCCUUGUCGGACUCAUGUCGCUGUUCCCCGUCUUGGCCAUCGAGCCAUGGGUCUUCAAGCGCUUCCCGAGCUUUGCUGCUCGAUUCCAGUGGUUUGUCCACAACAGGCCUGCCCUGGCUGUGCGGAACGUCAUGACCACCGGUGGAAAGAGGGAGCGACGACUGCUGAGCGUGGUGAGCAAGGAGCGCUUGGAGCGCAUCCUACGUCGCAUGCUGGACGAGACCGAGUUCCUGUCCAGCUACGGUGUCCGCUCUCUCUCCAAGGUGCACCAGGCUGAACCCUUCAGGGCCUUUGGAGACGAGUACAGCGUCGAGUACUGGCCUGGAGACUCCCGCUCGCCCAUGUUCGGCGGCAACUCAAAUUGGCGAGGCCCCAUUUGGGUCGCUCCCAACUUGCUCCUCAUCGAGUCCCUGCAGCGCUUCUACCAGUACUAUGGUCCCGACGAGUUCAAGGUCGAGUGCCCUACUGGCUCUGGCGACUUUAUGGACUUGGCUCAGAUUGCCGAGGAGAUGCAACAUCGAAUCAUCUCCAUGUUCACUCGCGACUCAAAGGGCGUCAGAGCCUGCAACGGCGGUACAGCCAUGCUGGACCACGAUCCUUAUUUCCGGGAUCUAGUCCAAUUCCACGAAUUCUUCCACGCAGACACUGGUGCCGGAUUGGGAGCCAGUCACCAGUGUGGAUGGACAGGUUGCGUCGCAGCCAUGAUAUUGCAAAGUGGAUUGACGUAUGGUGCUCGUACGCCUAGGACACCGAGGAGUACUGCUGCACAUUACUUUGAUGAACACUUGACGGAUGCUGAUAACAAGAGUGAUGCGGGUAGCGUCAGUGUUGGAUUGGGACCACAGUGGUCACACAGCGCUGGAAUCUCUAGACCGCCUUCGCCCGAUGAGCUGUAG